GGCCGCGGGGUGCCAGCCGGGGGCUCGCGGCUCCCCGGGGCCGCGGCGGUCCCUCCGCUCGGCGCUGGCGGCGGUGUCCGCUCCGGGCCGGGUCCCGCUCUAGAUGGGAUAAGCGGUAAACAUGUUCAGCUUUGAAGGAGAUUUCAAAACAAGGCCCAAGGUGUCUCUUGGAGGAGCGAGUAGGAAGGAGGAAAAGGCUUCGCUCUUGCAUCGCACUCAAGAAGAAAGGCGAAAACGAGAGGAAGAAAGGCGAAGGCUGAAAAAUGCAAUAAUAAUCCAAUCAUUUGUAAGGGGUUAUAGAGACAGAAAUCAUCAGUACUCUACCCAGAGAAGUGAAUUUGAUCGCUGUGCUAAUUUGGCCCAAACUGGGGGAACCUUUUCUACAGCUAAUGGAGCUAAUUUGACUCUUCUAGUUCGUCAGCUACUCUUUUUCUAUAAACAGAAUGAGGAUUCUAAACGUUUGAUAUGGCUGUGUCAGAAUUUAAUUAAGCAGAGUUCUCAGUUUGUUAAGCAAUUGGAUGGUCCAGACCGACUUACUUGCUUAUUCCAAAUAAAAAGACUGUUGGGGUUGUGUUGCAGGCUAUUGCAAAACUGCAAUGACGACAGUCUGAAUGUUGCACUUCCUAUGAGAAUGCUUGAGGUAUUUUCAUCUGAGAAUACGUAUUUACCUGUUUUACAAGAUGUCAGCUAUGUAACAUCACUAAUUGAACAAAUUUUGCACUACAUGAUUCAGAAAGGCUACUACAAGUCGCUUUAUUUGUUAAUUAAUAGUAAGCUUCCAUCAAGUAUUGAGUAUUCUGAUGUUUCUCGAGUCCCUCUUGCAAAAAUACUUCUGGAGAAUGUUCUGAAACCAUUGCACUUUACAUACAGCUCCUGUCCAGAAGGUGCAAGACAACAGAUUUUUGCAGCCUUCACAGAGGAGUUUGUGGCAGCACCUUUCACAGAUCAGAUAUUCCAUUUCAUCAUUCCAGCGCUGGCUGAUGUGCAGAUCGUUUUCCCUUAUGAAUUCUUUCUGAAUGCACUAUUAUUAGCAGAAAAUGGAUGUUCAAGAAAAAGUGAUCAAGCUCCAUGGCUUUUUUACUUCGUGCUAAUAGUUGGAGAAACGUAUUUGGGAUCCCUUUCAGAAGAAGGACUGCUUGUAUAUUUGAGGGUACUCCAGGCUUUUCUCUCUCAGCUGCCUGUAUCUAGUGCUGGUACAAAUUGUCAAGAUGCAAACAGUGAUUCUGAAGAUGAGGAUGAAGAGAUCAGUAAAAUGACAACUACACCAGGUGAUGGGAGAAUAUCAGUUCAGUACAUUACUGAGGAGUGUCUAAAGAAACUGGAUACAAAGCAGCAGACAAACACUCUGUUGAAUAUGGUUUGGAGAGAUUCAGCUAGCGAAGAGGUCUUUACCUUGAUGGCAUCAAUCUGCCACACGCUAAUGGUGCAACACCGAAUGAUGGUGCCAAAAGUCAGGCUCCUUUACAGUUUAGCCUUUAAUGCCAGAUUCCUGAGGCAUCUUUGGUAUUUGAUAUCUUCAAUGACGACACGAAUGAUUACAGGGUCUAUGGUACCACUUCUUCAAGUGAUUUCAAGAGGUUCCCCAAUGUCUUUAGAAGACUCUAGUCGAAUUAUCCCUCUCUUCUACCUAUUUAGUUCUUUGUUUAGUCAUUCCCUUAUUUCUAUUCAUGAUAAUGAAUUCUUCGGUGAUCCUAUUGAAGUUGUAGGUCAGAGACAAUCAUCAAUGAUGCCUUUUACACUAGAAGAGCUUGUAAUAUUAUCACGCUGCCUUCGAGAUGCGUGCUUAGGAAUCAUAAAGUUGGCUUAUCCAGAAACAAAACCAGAGGUUCGUGAGGAAUAUAUUGCAGCAUUUAGAAGUGUUGGAGUAACAAAAAAUACAGAGAUGCAGCAGUGUAUACAGACUGAACAAAAAAGGUGGAUUCAGUUAUUCAAGGUCAUCACAAACUUGGUGAAAAUGCUGAAAGCAAGAGAUACAAGGAGAAAUUUCUGUCCACCAAAUCAUUGGCUCUCAGAGCAAGAAAACAUUAAAGCAGAUAAGGUUACACAGCUCUAUGUGCCAUCUGCUAGACAUGUAUGGAGAGUCAGAAGAAUGGGCAGAAUAGGACCAUUGCAGUCCACUUUGGAUGUGGGUUUGGAACCAGCACCUCUUUCUGUAUCUGAAGAACGACAGCUUGCAAUUCUGACAGAGCUACCUUUUGUCGUUCCUUUUGAAGAAAGAGUAAAGAUUUUUCAAAGACUAAUCUAUGCUGAUAAACAAGAAGUUCAAGGAGAUGGGCCAUUUUUGGAUGGAAUUAAUGUCACCAUUAGGAGAAAUUAUAUUUAUGAAGAUGCUUAUGAUAAACUUUCUCCUGAAAAUGAACCUGACCUAAAAAAGCGCAUUCGUGUUCACUUGCUUAAUGCACAUGGUCUUGAUGAAGCUGGUAUUGAUGGUGGUGGAAUUUUCAGAGAAUUUUUGAAUGAACUACUGAAAUCAGGAUUUAACCCUAACCAGGGAUUUUUUAAGACCACCAAUGAGGGACUUCUUUAUCCCAAUCCUGCUGCACAGAUGCUUGUUGGAGACUCUUAUGCCCGACAUUACUACUUUCUUGGAAGAAUGCUUGGAAAGGCUCUUUAUGAAAAUAUGCUGGUGGAGCUGCCCUUUGCUAGUUUUUUCCUCUCCAAAUUACUGGGGACAAGUGCCGAUGUUGACAUUCAUCAUUUAGCUUCAUUGGAUCCAGAAAUGUACAAAAACUUGCUUUUUCUGAAGAGCUAUGAAGGAGAUGUAGAAGAACUCGGACUAAACUUCACUGUAGUAAACAAUGACCUCGGGGAAGCACAGGUGGUUGAGCUGAAGCCGGGUGGAAAAGACAUUCCUGUGACCAGCGCUAACCGCAUCGCGUACAUCCACCUGGUGGCAGACUACAGGCUGAACAAACAGAUCCGACAGCACUGCCUGGCUUUCCGUCAGGGAUUGGCCAACGUUGUGAAUCUGGAAUGGCUACGAAUGUUUGAUCAACAGGAAAUACAGGUUUUGAUCUCUGGUGCCCAGGUUCCUAUUAGUUUGGAUGACCUUAAAUCUUUCACAAAUUAUUCAGGUGGCUAUGCAGCAGACCAUCCUGUAAUAAAAACAUUCUGGAGAGUUGUAGAAAGGUUCACUGAUGAGGAGAAACGCAAACUACUCAAGUUUGUAACAAGCUGCUCUCGGCCACCUCUCCUGGGGUUUAAGGAGUUAUAUCCUGCAUUUUGCAUUCACAAUGGAGGAUCUGAUUUAGACAGGCUACCUACUGCAAGUACCUGCAUGAACUUGCUGAAGCUUCCUGAGUUUUAUGAUGAAAAUCUUAUGCGGAGCAAGCUUCUGUAUGCCAUUGAAUGUGCUGCUGGAUUUGAACUAAGCUGAGUCAAGCUGAUGCUUGUUUGGAUGAUCUGCAGAGGAAUGAACCAGUGCCUACUCUAUAAGCAGCACCUGUAUCUACACAGUUUUGAAGGAAUUCUGUGUAAAUUUCUGCAGCUCUUAUGUCUUAUCAGAUGCCCUCAAAUAGGUUUCAUUUUUAAACACAAUCUGUUAGUUAGCUUUCAUUUAAUUAAUAUUAAAUUGACACUGCUUGGUGAUUCAAAAUACCGAAUGCUGUUUGCAGUGUGGUGGUUCUCUGUGUUCAUGGGAAGAAAGAGCACAUGUUUUAAAAAAAAAAAAAAAAAAAAAAAAAGUGACAUCUCAGUGAAAUUAACCAAAGAUGAAGCUUUGGCUUUGUGCUGUUCAAACAUAAGAGUCACAAACCGGCAUUAAAGUUGUGUACCAUGCAGCACAUCGGGAUGAGAUGAGGCCAACAUCCUGUGAGUAGUCUUUUAGAUGAAAGUGAAGCAGAUGUUUGCAGAUAUCCCACAACUGAGAGGAUGAAAAUGUUCAUUACUGAUAUCCUAACAACUUCACUUACGCUGUAGAAUUGUUUACAAACCAUAGCUAUUGCAAGUAAGACAUAACUGAUUUUGUUUGAUACUACCUUCCCUUAAGAUGGUAGGCACUGAGAUAAAAUGUUUAUAAUAUUUUAUUUGUGCUUUCUGAAAUACCUUGAAGUCAGAUUCGCAUGCUUAUUUUGAGUUCAACCUUUGGCUGUGUCAUUAUCACUUGAACACUGUCAUAAACUGAAAUGACUAUCCACGUUUCCUCUGUUCUGUUUCUGUCUUUUGUGCCUGUACAGAUUUUUUUAAUGUAUCAGCCUCCUGUUGCAUACACAGUACAUGAAAAGUAAUCACUUCAGAAAAGUACACAUGUAACAACUAUUAAAAUUAUUUAAACCAAAGUUAUCAGGCUUUCUUUUAUAUUUGAAGCCUGUGGUGUUCACAUUCCUUACGCCUGUCAUUUUUUUCCAUCCUAAAUACCCUAUCUGUGCUCUGGUUGCUAGUCAAAUUCAUUAUUUUUUGUGAUUAGACAGCUUUCACAUCCAUUUGCCUGCAGUAUUUCUGCUAAGAGAAGUAGGUGGAAUAUGCUGCUUUGUGUAACUUGAUUUCUGGGAGUAACUUGGUUUCACAUGGAAGGAAGUGAUCCUCUGACCUACUUGUAACCUACUGUAGGGAACCUGCUUUAGUGGCAGGGUUGGACUGGGUGAUCUGCAGAGGUCCCUUCCAUCCCUAUGGUUCUGUGAUUCUGGUAGUAGGCACUGGGUGUUUUCAUGGGAACUGCAGUCAGUUUGAAAAAGGAAUUAUAGCUGAAACUGUAAGAUUAAUAAGUGCAUCCAUCUGAACUUUAGUUUUAUAUUUUAAAUCAUCAAAAUUUACAAUCAGUUUUAUAUUCAUCUCUUAUGCAAAAAAAAAAAAUAAUAAAAAAAAAAUUGCUGGUUACUGAAAACAGUUGAAUUUCAUAUUUAAAAAGCAGUAACCAGCAAUAUCCUUUUAAAUGUGGGGAAAUGGAGUGGUUUUAAGAUGUUUACUGGUAACCAUAUAAAAAUGUAUAAUUUCUUAAGUUGGGUAAAAAAUGGAGUGUUAAAAUGCUGUUUGUAGUCUUGAUGUACAGAAAUAAAGUAAUUGUUUUUCUUUUU